CAGUUCAUGAAACCAACACUUUACAUGUUGCGUUUAUAUUUUUGUUCAGUAUAGUUAGAUGCUAGCUGUGUGUUCACAUUCUGUGGGUCCCAGCUCAUGUUGGGGUAGGAGGAUAUGGUAACUCUGAGGAGAUAGAUGUGGUAGUCCGUUAGGGGAGAUGGAAUAACUAGGUGUUGACCCAGGAGUGGCAACGUGAGUGGGGGAGAGAGGACCGGGGAAGGCAUUGGUUUUAUUGGUUGACGGCAGGUAGGGGCAGGGAGGUCCUGCAUAAAAACAAACUCACUUCCUUGACAACAUCGUUCACCACUGCUCUGCGAAGCCCAAGACGUAUGAAUGGCCUGGUUUCUGCAGAGGCCAUAUCACCUAAACGCUGCAGGGUCAAUGCAGACCGCGUAUUGACCAUGUAAUGCCUUUUAGGCUAUUAGAUAUUUCAAUGUGUAAUUCGCACUCCGACCUGAGAGGCAGCAAAACAGCGUCUAGUCUGCCGGAACGCACAAGAAAAAUAAGUGCGUUUACAUUGUCAAACAUCUUAAAGUAUGUGCCAUUUACUACGCAUUCUUUAAGACGUACGCAUUGUUAGCGACGCUUGCUCAACAGGACUGCAUUCGUUCAACGUUACAAGCCAUGAGUUCUAACGUUUCCUUGUCAAAAGCGGAGUUGGCGGCAGCCAUCGGUGUGACUGCAGGAGCUACAGCUGCGGGCAUCCUCCUCCUCCAGUACUUCUCCAAGGGGUCAGGGGUCAAGCCCAAGGUCAACUUGGACCUGCAGAAAGACAACCCCAAAGUGGUGCAUGCUUUCGACAUCGAGGACCUCGGGGAUAAGGCGGUGUACUGCAGGUGUUGGAGAUCCAAGAAGUUUCCCUACUGCGAUGGCGCUCAUGCUAAACAUAACCAGGAGACGGGGGAUAACGUCGGUCCCCUCAUCAUGAAAAGAAAGGAGGCCUGAAUCCAGUCAGUCAUCCAUCCAUCCAUCCAUGUUAUCCCAUGACUGCUGCUGACAUACUGAUGAACACAAGUGCUCUUCGCUACAGAAAGGAUGACAGUGGUUGACGGUACACUUGGUAGUUGCUCUGAAACAUGGUGACCAAAUCACCUUUUUUGGGCUAUAUUUAUUUUAUUUAUUGAUUGAAGCCACCCUUAUCACAGGACCAAGCGGUUAUCAAUUUUUGGUGGAAAAUGACUUUGUAGUCAUACCUAGAAUAAUGGUAGAUAUUUCGCUAGGAUUACCAAGGAAACAUGGGUGUAGAAGUACUGUAAAGCAAAGUGCCACGCUGGUUGUAUAUAUUUAAUUGAACUAUGGUAUCUGUGCUGUUAUUUUCAGAAUGUUUGUUUUGAUCAAUGUUUUUGCCUUUCUUUUAUACUGUAGACAUCGCAACGUAUCUGUCCCUUUAUGAUAUCAUAGAGAUCACAACGAUCUGUCCCAUUAUGAUAUCAUAGAGAUCGCAACGUAUCUGUCCCUUUAUGAUAUCAUAGAGAUCGCACCGUAUCUGUCCCUUAUGAUAUCAUAGAGAUCGCAACGUAUCUGUCCCAUUAAUGAUAUCAUAGAGAUCGCAACGUAUCUGUCCCAUUAUGAUAUCAUAGAGAUCGCAACGUAUCUGUCCCUUUAUGAUAUCAUAGAGAUCGCAAACUUAUCUGUCCCAUUAUGAUAUCAUAGAGAUCGCAACGUAUCUGUCCCAUUAUGGCACCUGUGAGUGUACGGGCAGCGCCAUUGAGGAAAUCUCUAUUUUGAAGUAGUCCGUUUUCUUCUUCUGCUACUUCUGAGUUGGUAAACAAACUGAAAGGGUGUACACUGCCACCUAGAGGGUGUUGUCUGAACAGGUAUAAAGACAAGGUUGGUGACUUACUGCCACCUGCAGUUAUGGAAUGUUUGCGCACAAAUAUAAUUCAUUGUCUGAUCCCGCCUGAUGACCUUGAUGGAAUUAUGUGAGACUUCCUUAACCCAUAGGAAGUCCCACCAGUUGACUACUUAAAAAUGGUGAAAGUCCUCAAUGGCAAUGCCCAUGCUA